AUGAGAAAGCUCACUUCAGUUUUGCUUUCCGCUGCCGUGCUGGGGGCCGCCCACCAAGUGGAGGGCAGCGACUCGGAUAAAAAAGGAUCGGCCGCCUCCGCCGACUGCCUUGUCGACUUCAACGCUGCUCGAGAACGAGCAGGCCUCGAAGCGUUCAUUGCAGAGGCGGACGCAAACAAGAAACUGCCAACAGGCAAAGACGACUACAUCGAAGCAAUUUGCUCCGCCAUACAAGAGGCAAGCCCUGCCGAUGGCUGCUCUGCUGCCGUCUCCUAUUGGAAAAAAGCCUACGUAAACUUUGGGGAACUCCCGCCCGAAUACAAGAAAGAGACAGAUGUGUAUAAGGAUAGCCGGAACAUCUCGCUUGUGGCCCUGUACAACCCGAAGGAGGGCGCCACAGUUGACUGCGCCUACAUCACUUGCCCUAUCUCCACAACGACAACCACAACCACCCCUACCACUACCAGUGCUACCACUGGUACUACAAGUCCGACUAGCCCACCCGCUAGCAGUGACGGAUCUUCUCUUUUAAGUGGUGAGCCGAAAGGUGCGGGUUCAGCGAACUUGGAAGUCCAGGAUCGGGAGCUCACCACCGUUUCGCAUGACGAAGUCUCUGAAGAGCUUCAGAACACCGGCCCAUCCGUUCGGCGCCUCUCCACUCCCUCGGAAACGGUUACCGGACUCGUUUGCCUCACCAAUCCUGCAGCUCUUGUAGAUGGAGUAAAGCCCUUCUCCGGAAUCCGGCCUGUAUUGAGCGUGUUUUCUUUUGGGGCCUUCCAUGUAUUAGGAAAAGUGAUUGACAUUACGGAGAAUAAUAUCAAGCGCGAGGGCACCUAUGCCUACGCGCCUGAGACAGGCCCUACCGACGGCUGCUCUGCAGCCGUCACCUAUUGGAAAAAAGCCCACGUAAACUUUGGGGAACUCCCGCCCCAAUACGAGAAAGAAACGAGUGUGUAUGCGGAUGGCCAGAACAUCUCGCUUGUGGCCUUGUACAACCCCCAGGGCGGAGCCACAGUUGACUGCGCCUACAUCACUUGCCCUAUCUCGACCGCGACCACCACAGCCGCCCCCAUCACCACCAGUGUUAGCACUACAGCUGCAAGCAGCACCGAAGCUACAGAGGAGACAACCACACAGGCCGGCCAAGGUGGUGGCGGAGCUGGUUCUUUUCGCGCUGAACCAAAAGCUGGGGGUUCAGCGAGCACGCAUGUCCAGGCUCCGGCGUCAGCAGCCGCACCCAUAUCCUCCCCUCUUUCCCGUGACGAACAGUUGGGAGACCCUCAGAGGACCGGCCCAUCCGUUCGGCACCUGUCCACACCGUCGGAGACGGUUACCGGACUCGUCUGCCUCACCAAUCCUGCGGCUCUUGCUCAGGGAAAAAAACCCUUCACUGAGGAUGUUUGGGCGAACAUAAAGAAAGCCAUAGAAAACUCCGCUUCUGCGUCUACCCAGUCUGCUCUCCUUGCUACCGCUUUACUUCUGCUCACUUCUUUCAUAGUUCUCUAG